UGGCUGGCGCAGCCCAGCCUCCUGCCUCCAGCUUGCCUGCCUGCCUGGGAGUUUAAGAGCCGCCCCCAGAGGCGGCCUUCCUCCAAGUCAGGGAUUCCCGGAGGGCAGACAGAGGAGCAAGAGCCCAGCAACACCACUUGCUCCUGAGUUGCCCAGCGGAGGACGCAGCCUGGAACUUCCAUGUACUCAGAGAUCCAGAGGGAGCGAUCAGAUAUUGGGGGCCUCAUGGCAUGCCCAGAGCACCGAGAGUGGAACCCGGAGCUCAUCAAGCCCAAGAAACUGCUGAACCCUGUGAAAGCCUCCCGGAGCCACCAGGAGCUACAUCGAGAGCUACUUAUGAACCACAGAAGGGGCAUUGGUGUGGACAACAAGCCAGAGCUGCAGCGAGUGCUGGAGCAUCGCAGGCGCAACCAGCUCAUCAAGAAGAAGAAGGAGGAGAUGGAGGCCAAGCGGCUGCAGUGCCCCUUCGAACAGGAGCUGCUGAGGCGGCAGCAGAGGCUGAACCAGCUGGAGAAGCCUGUGGAGAAGGAGGAGGACCACGCCCCCGAAUUUAUCAGAGUCCGGGAGAACCUUCGAAGAAUCGCAACUCUGACCAGUGAAGAGAGAGUGCUGUAGAGCAGGCUGCUGGGGAUCCAGCCCUCACCUCCCACUCCCUCUGCUGCCAAUCCUCCCUUGCAGCCCUCCAGUAUCCAGCAGCGCUUGGGACACCUGUGAUGUUUGCUUCUGUCAAAAUGCAUCAUCCCCGAGGGACUGGCCCUCCCUGAGAAGUUUGGGGCCCUUCUAGGCUUCCAGGCAUUUUCAGAGCACUCACUCCUCCUGCUCCCAGUGGUUUCUGAGCCAGGCAGAGGUCUUUUUCUGGAAGAGUUUGGGAGGGACAGAUGGGCAGCUAACCAAGCAAUCUAACCAAGCAAUUGGUCCAGUGCCACUUCCCUGGCCCUGAGUUCAGGGGUGCACUGGGAUGGCUCAAGUGCAGCUGCCUGGGUGAGAGAAGGCCUCUAGGACCUCCCCCCCAGAAGGGAAGAGUCCUAAGUCCUCAGCAUUUGCUAACCUUUGCCCCGCACCCAUGCACCCAUGCUUUGUGUUCCUCUUCUCCCUACCCAGUCAGUGACCACACCUCCGCAGUCCAGGCUGCAGCCUUCCUGCUUCCAGGAGGCCUAAACUCUACUGUGCCUAUGAAUCACUGCAGGGCUUUAAAAAAGGCAGUGGGGGGUCGGGGGAACUGUGUGACUGACACCUGCCAGGCUGCUGGCUGGAGCACUAUAAGGUGAGCAUUGAGGCUAGAGUACCCAGGAAGGAUGAUGCUGGAUGGCUGCCUUGCCUGGCUGACCUCUUCCCUACUCCCUGCACCCCCACCCCCACCCCAGCUCUGCAGCCCCCAGGGUCCUUCCCACCCCACCAAGCCCCAGGGACCCUGUGCCCUGGGAAGGCUCCGGCUGAGAAAAUUGCAUGGGUGGGUUCUGCAAAGGUUGUUUUCACCCAAGAUGUAUAGACUUUACCAAUCUGUUUCUCACCGCAUUCUCAUGAUGCAGUUCUGGCCAAAAAAUUAAUAAUAAUGAUAAUAAUAAAUGAAAAAAUUGAAGCCAUUUCCAAAAAAAAAAAAAAAAAAAGCAAUGAACAACUUAACAGUGAUGUCCAGAAGGUUCCAGUCAUGUAAGUGGAGGUUUGCAGACUUGCCAUCCCCCUUGCAGACUGGCCCUUCUGAGCUCCUCCUUCCAGCCUCUGCCCAUGUGAGCUGCCCCAGCUCCAGUGGAAGCACUUUCUUCCUGGAGAAUGCCUUCCCUCCUAAGACCCAGUGUUUCCACCUUGUGUGCCUACCCUGUUAUUCAAGAUUCAGAAAAUAAACCAGGCCUUUUUAAAAAAAAAUUAUUUAUUUUAUGGAAGAGAGAUAUAGAGGGAAAGAUACUCAGAAGACAGACUAGAGCACUGCUCAACUUUGGCUUAGGGUAGUGCUGGGAACUGAACCUGGGACCUCAGAGCCUCAGUCAUGAAAAUCUUUUUUUUUUUUAAGUCUUUUGAAUAACACUAUACUCUCCCCAACCCUGACCUGUCUCACCCCCCCCAAAAAAAAAAAAAAAACACCCAGGAAUGAAAGCCCAGCCUCCGGCUUUCUAAAACCAUCAUUUCAAGUAGCAGGGCAGCACUAGAAAGACUUUCCAUCCAGGCAGUGGUGCACCUAGUAGAGGAUACAUAUGCUACCAUGUAUGAAGACCCUGGUUCAAGCCCCUGCUCCCCACCUGCAAGGGGGGGAAGCUUCAUGAGUAGUGAAGCAGGGCUGCAGGUGUUUCUUUCUCUACCUCUCUCUAUCACUAUUUCUCUCUGUCUCUAUUGGAUUAAAAAAGUAAAUAAAAAUAAGUAUAUCCAUUGCCACCCCAGAAGUAGCACUGCUAGGAAAGAAAGGGAGGGGGAGGAAAAGAAAGAGAAGAAAGAAUUGUUCAUAUUUGCACAUAUAUGCAACCCAGGUUCCGAGUCUGGCUCCCACCACACUGAAGGAAGAUUCAGUGUUGUGGUCUCUUUCACUCCCUAACUCUAUGCUUCUUUGAGAAAGAGGGGUGGGAGGGCUUUUCUGUCCAACCUCCCCACUAAGUGCUGCCACUGAGUGCUGUCUGGUUCUCAGAAGCAAAGGGUGGAACUUCGAGGAGGAAAGGGAUCACCUGAUCUCCCUGUAGCUGGGCAGUUAGAGUUGUGACCUGAGGUCCUGUGACAAGUGCCAACAUGUGAGUGCCAAUGCAGAUGUUCUGCCUGUGCCUGAACAUCUUUCUGUGUGUCUCUGUGUAAGUUGAAUUCCAAUGUGCCCCUGCUGGUGAGAGUGUGGAAAUGUCAUUGUAAACAGCUACCAGGUGAGAGUGAGGCUAAGAAUGCAGUCCCUAAAGACCACCAGUCCUCCCAGAGGAGGUGUGCUCAGGGGUCUCUCACUCAGGCACGUGUAGAGAAAGGAGGUAGCAUCCAGAAUACAGUGGGAUACCCACCACGACCCCCAGGCAGUACCCAGGCUUCCUCUCAGUGGCUCCAGGGUUGCCUCACAAAGGAGCAAGUCAUAGAGAACAAAGGUGAGAAGAAGGAACCUCAAAUGCUGUGUCACCCCAUGUCAAGCCAGGCCAGAUGCCUCAUUUCCUCCCCAUUGGUGAAUCUCAACUCUUCCCUAGUCAGUUUUCACUGAGGUAGUACAGGUUGUGAAUCCAGAUUCAGACUAUUCCAAUCUCCUCUGCAGCUUGAGGUGACCAAGCAUAGACAGUGAAGUUUAAGAGGAUAUUCACAAGGGCUUCUGGAAGGCUUUUUUUUUUUUUUUAUAAAAGAGACAAACACAGCUAACAUUUCUUUACCCUCCCUUCUUCAUGCCUGGGUUUAUGAUGCCUGGCACCAUAGCUGCCAUCUUUCUACAAUGAGGAAAAAGCCAAGAGACUCAUAAGUACAUUGGCACCUAGACAUCAUAUGACUAAACUAAGGCCAGCAGCCAUCCUCCUCCAGAACUCUUGUGGAUAAAAAUAAAACCCUCUUUGUUUGA